CGGAGAACUUGGUUAACUUUCGGUUACAACAUUAUUUUAAUUAAAAAAAGUAAAAUUAUUAUAUAUAUUUAAAUAUAGAUAGAGAAAGUGAGCUUGAAGUUCACGCUUGUAAGAAAAGGUGUCAGUUGCAGCUCACUCUCGCCAUGUUCUCUCCUCUCCUCGCGCUCUUUGUGUGUUGAUUGUUGUUUUCUUUGAUGGAUGAGAUGCGGAGAGGAGUGCCUACGUGGCAGGAAGAGUUAGCAAGUCUCAUGGACGGAGGAGUCCAAUAUGACGACGGAUCUCCCAUCGGUCAAGAUUCCAGGUCAAACAGCACACCUUUCGGGUCGGUGGUGGAUGGAUCCGGAUCCGGAUCCGAACCAGCCGAGAGUCUGAAGGACCAGGUCAAAGGCUUUCUGAAGUCAUGGGGAGAGAUGCUUAUGGAUCUCGCCGUGGGAUGCAAGGACGUCGCGCAGCAGACUCUGGUCAGCGAAGACUCGGUCGUGGUGCGUAAGCUCCGUAAACCAGCUGCUAAGCUGAGCUUCCUCAACGAGUACUUGCCUGAGGAUCGUGAUCCCGCUCACGCCUGGCCUGUCAUCUUCUUCGUCUUUCUCAUUGCUCUCGCAGCAUUGAGUUUUGGUUCCGACAAUGAAACACCAGUCACCGUGUUAAAGAAACUCCGUGUCCAUCCUCCCGGUGCAAGACGCGUGGAACUACCUGACGGUAGAUAUUUAGCUUAUCAGGAGCUUGGUGUUUCAUCCGACAGAGCUAGAUACUCUUUGAUCGUUCCUCAUUCUUUUAUGUCCUCUCGUCUCGCAGGUAUACCUGGAGUGAAAGACUCGUUGCUCAAGGACUAUGGUGUCCGUCUAGUAUCAUAUGAUCUUCCAGGGUUUGGAGAGAGUGAUCCUCAUCGUGGUAGGAACCUUAGCUCAUCAGCUUCGGAUAUGAUUGAUCUAGCUUCUGCUCUUGGGAUUACUGAGAAGUUCUGGUUACUCGGAUAUUCCAGUGGUAGUAUGCAUGUUUGGUCUGCGAUGAGAUACUUUCCUGACAGAAUAGCUGGAGUUGCCAUGAUAUCUCCUAUGAUCAAUCCGUAUGAGGCGAGCAUGAGUAAGGAAGAGACGGCGAAAACGUGGGAGCAGUGGCUAAGAAAGAGGAAGUUAAUGUACUUUUUGGCUCGUAGGUGGCCGAGUCUUCUUCCUUUCUUCUACCGCAGGUCCUUCCUCUCCGGUUAUCUUCAGCCUCUGGAUCACUGGAUGUCAAUCUCAUUAGGAGAGAAGGACAAACAUGUGAUGAGAGAACCAGUCUUUGAAGAACAUUACCAAAGGAACGUGGAAGAGUCUACACGCCAAGGAACCGCAAAGCCAUUCGUGGAAGAAGCCGUGUUACACGUGUCAAACUGGGGGUUUAGUCUUCCUGACUUCCGGUUGCAGAAGAAGUGUAGAACCAACGGGGUACUUUCUUGGCUUAUGUCGAUGUACAGCGAAGCGGAAUGUGAGCUUGUUGGGUUUGGGAAACCCAUACACGUAUGGCAGGGUAUGGAGGACCGGGUUGCACCACCUUCGGUGACGGAUUACAUUAGCCGGGUCAUACCAGAAGCAACGGUGCAUAGACUACCAAACGAAGGACACUUCUCUUACUUCUUUUUCUGUGAUGAGUGUCACAAGAAGAUAUUCUCUGCUCUAUUUGGAGAACCUCAAGGUCUGAUAGAGUUAACAGAGCAAAGAACAGAAACCUAUAAACCGGAUCAACCGGAGACCGGUUCAUCCAACAUUAGUACUACUUAAGGUUAAGUAAACAGAGUUAUAGAACUAUAGAAAAGAAAAAAAAACACGUUGUUUCUGGAACUUACUUCCAUCAUAAAGAACUGUGUAAAUAACACCAAGAGGAUGCUUUCUUGCUUUUUCUUUUCUUGGUUGAAACUUUCACAUUUGAUAUAUAGGUUAUAAAGAACCAAUACUUCAUUUUA